UAUUCUUUUAACAACAUAACUUCACUAGAACACAAACAAUGACUUCAUCAAUACUUUCCUUUCCUAUUCUCAUUUCAGUUAUCUUUGUGAUUUCAAUAUCCUCAGCACAAGCAGUUGUGCCUGCUAAUGCGACGUUUAAGUACACCAACGAAGGUGAACUAGGCGAGUACAUUGUCGAAUACGAUGCCAGCUACCGCACUUUGCCGAUUGCGAGAUUCCCAUUCCAAUUCUGUUUUUACAACACCACCCCUACCGCCUUCAUCCUCGGACUCCGCAUGGGGAACCGUCGUUCCGAAUCAACCAUGCGGUGGGUUUGGGACGCCAAUCGCGCCAAGCCGGUCCGAGAGAAGGCCACAUUGACAUUCGGCACUGAUGGAAACCUCGUCCUAGCCGAUGUCGAUGGCACCGUGGCGUGGGAAACUGGCACCGCAAACAAAGACGUCGUAAGAUUGGAGCUGCUUACGAAUGGUAAUUUGGUGUUGAUUGACUCGAAGGGGAAAUUUGUUUGGCAAAGCUUUGAUCACCCUACUGACACUCUCUUGGUGGGACAAUCUCUCGUAUCGAGCGGGGCGAAUAAAAUCGUGAGCAGACUAUCCGAUGUCGAGGCCUCGAACGGGCCGUACUCGUACGUGAUGGAGAAGAGUCAGCUGUCUUUGUACUACAAGCCUGCGAAUGUCAAAACUCCCAUACUCUAUGACCAAACUGUGUUCGGCACUGGCAAAGACACAUUGACGAAAAUCCAGUUUACAAUCGACCCGUUCACGAAUAUAGAGAGCGACACCGUUUGGGCUAAUGAGUUCCACCUCGAGUCCUUCAUGAACAACUCGACCGAAUCCAGUGGCUCGGCUGUAUUGUCGAGAGCAAAGUACAACACUACUUACUCAAUGCUCCGUGUUGAUAGCGAUGGUAAUUUGAGAGUUUAUACGUACGAAGAGCACGUUGAUUACGGUGCAUGGGAGGUCACGUACGUGCUCUUCGACAGAGACCAAGGGCGAGAGAGCGAGUGUAAAUUGCCGCAAAGAUGCGGAGCUCUUGGAGUAUGCAGUGAUGAUCAAUGCGUGGCUUGCCCGACAGCCAAUGGUCUGGCAGGAUGGAGCAAGAGUUGUGCACCACCGGUUUUGCCUGCGUGCGGCAAGGGGGCUAUCGACUACUACAAAGUUGCGGGUGUUGAGCAUUUUACGAAUGGUGUUACGAGUGGAACUCCACGAAGCACACUGGCGGAUUGCCGGAAGAAAUGUGACUCGGAUUGCAAGUGUGUGGGAUUUUUCUACAGGGAAGAAUCGUCGACGUGCUUGUUGGCUUCUGUUCUAGGCGCUUUGAACCAAGUGGCUAAUGCAUCUCACGUUGCUUAUAUUAAGAUGUCCAAGUAGAGGAUUGACCAAAAUCGUUUUCUGUUCUGUCCGUAAUAAUGUUUCAGUUUCAGACGCAGUCUUGCUCUAGUCUUAUUUCCAGAGCUGGGACCUUUCUAUUUUAUACUCAUGUAUCAUGGAUGCACCAAAUAAAUCUUCCUGGAAGAAGUUUGUUUAAGUUCAAUAAGUCACUUGUACAUUAUUAAUUUAUUAUUGCUUUUUAUGUGCGA